ACACACACACACACACACACACACACACACCAGCGGCCAGUCCAGGUCUGAAACCCGUCAAAAGCCCCGCUGGAUCCUCACAUCGCCUGUCAGCAUGCGGAGCGCUUGUUUUCCCCGGGACGUUUGUUUGUUUAUCCUCCUCAUAAAUACUUGCAGGGUGAUGGGGAAUGUCGGACUCGCAGAUGCAGACGAGUGUGCGGAAGGUUCAGACGACUGCCACAUCGACGCCCUCUGCCAGAACACGCCCAACUCUUACAACUGCAUCUGCAAGCCGGGCUACACUGGAGACGGGAAGCAGUGUGAGGACGUGGAUGAAUGUACGAAUGACUACAACGGGGGCUGUGUCCAUGAAUGCAUCAACAUACCUGGGAACUACAGGUGCACCUGCUACGAUGGAUUCAUGCUGGCCCACGAUGGACACAACUGUUUAGAUGUGGACGAGUGUCUGGACAACAAUGGAGGAUGCCAGCAGGUGUGUGUGAACACAAUGGGAAGCUACGAGUGUCAGUGUACAGACGGCUUCUUUCUGAGCGACAACCAGCACACCUGCAUCCACCGCUCUGAUGAUGGAAUGAACUGCAUGAACAAAGACCACGGCUGUGCUCACAUCUGCAGGGAAGCUCCCUUCAAAAGCGGGGUGUCAUGCGAGUGCCGGCCUGGUUUUGAGUUGGCCAAAAACCAGAAAGACUGCACAUUGACUUGUAACUAUGGAAAUGGAGGGUGCCAGCACACAUGUGAAGAUACGGACACAGGGCCGGUUUGUGGCUGCCACCAAAAGUACGCCCUACAUUCAGACAGCAAGACCUGCAUUGAGAAAGAUGAGGCUGCAAUUGAGAGCUCUGAGUUCAAUGCCACGUCAGUAGCUGAUGUGGACAAGCGGGUGAAACGGCGGCUACAUAUGGAGAGCUGCGCUGUAAACAACGGUGGCUGCGACCGGACCUGUAAGGACACAGCUACAGGGGUCCGCUGCAGCUGCCCUGUGGGAUUCACCCUGCAGCCUGAUGGCAAAACCUGCAAAGAUAUCGACGAAUGUGAGGAGAACAACGGAGGCUGUGAUCACUUUUGCCGAAAUACAGUGGGCUCCUUCGAGUGCAGCUGCCAGAAAGGAUACAAACUUCUCACUGAUGAACGAACAUGCAAAGACAUCGAUGAGUGCUCUUUUGAGAGGACCUGCGACCACACCUGCAUCAACUACCCCGGCAGCUUUGAGUGCCUGUGCAACAAGGGAUACAUCCUCUACGGCCUCACGCACUGUGGAGACGUCGAUGAGUGCAGCAUCAACAACGGCAGCUGCGAGUACGGCUGCAUAAACACACAGGGCAGCUAUGAGUGUGUGUGUCCGCCGGGACAGAAGCUCCACUGGAACAAGAAGGACUGCAUCGAGGCUGUGAAGUGUCUACCCAAUGGAAAGCCUGCUCCGCGAGCCCAGCUGGUCUGCACUAAGAGCGGAGGUGCAGAGGUCUGCUCGCUCUCCUGUCCCUCCAACGCUCUCUUCCUCGCAGACUCGGAGAACUACACAUUAAGCUGUGGAGUUCCCAUCCAGCCUGAUCCGCUGGCCCCGCCCAUCAAGCAGAAGGCCAAGUUUAAGAUUAAAGACGCCAAGUGUCACCUGAGCCCACGCAGCAAGGAGAAACACAAGGACUCCUCCAGGCAGAACAUCCAAGGAGGGCAGUUCCCCUGCACCGAUGACUGCCAGGUAACGUUCGUCAACCUCAAGUGUGACUCAUCAAAGAAGCGGCGCAGAGGACGCAAGUCCCCGUCCAAAGAGGUUUCCCUCAUCACAGCAGAGUUUGAGAUGGAGAUGAAGGAGGAGGAAGCUUCAGACUCAUGCAACAUCGACUGUGUGCGGGAAAAGAUGAGGCAGAAGCUCCAGGUUGCCAUGCGGACACUGAGGAAGUCCAUCAACAAGCAGCAGUUCUACAUCCAGUUCUCUGGAACUGAGUACGAAGUGGCCCAGAAACCGUCCAGGAUCCCAGAGGGAGCCGAUACCUGCAGCACUGGUCAGGUCUUCCAGGACGGGAAGUGCGUGAGUUGUGGUGCAGGGACAUUUUACAGUGGUGAGCAGGAGCAGUGUGUUCAGUGUCUUCCUGGAACAUACCAGGACAUGGAGGGACAGCUGUCCUGUGAGCCGUGUCCCAGCACUGAAGGACAGGGCAUCGCUGGUGCCAAGAACGUGUCUCAGUGUGGAGGUCAGUGUCCUGCUGGUCAGUUUUCCACUGACGGCUUCCGGCCCUGCCAGCUCUGUCCUCUGGGCUCCUACCAGCCAGAACCAGGUCGGGUUCUGUGCUUCCCAUGUGGAGGAGGCAUCAUGACGAAAUAUGAAGCUUCUGUCACCUUCAGGGACUGUGAGGCCAAAGUACACUGCGCUCCUGGACACUAUUACAACUCCAGUACCCACCGUUGCAUCCGCUGCCCAGCGGGGACAUACCAGUCCGAGUUUGGCCAGAACUACUGCAUCAACUGUCCUGGGAACACCACGACCGACUUUGACGGUGCCACCAAUGUGUCUCACUGCAAAAACCAGAUGUGCGGAGGGGAACUGGGAGAUUAUACCGGCUACAUCGAGUCUCCCAACUACCCUGGAGAUUACCCAUCAAAUGUGGACUGUGUCUGGACCAUAAUCCCACCGCACAAAAGACGGAUCCUCAUAGUGGUGCCAGAGAUCUUCCUUCCCAUUGAAGAUGAGUGUGGAGACGUGCUGGUCAUGAGAAAGAGUGCUGUGCCCACUUCCAUCACAACCUACGAGACGUGUCAGACGUAUGAGAGACCCAUAGCCUUUACCUCUCGCUCUCGCAGACUUUGGAUUCAGUUUAAGUCAAACGAGGGGAACAGUGGCAAAGGCUUCCAAGUUCCAUAUGUCACCUAUGACGAGGAUUACCAGCAGCUGAUAGAAGACAUAGUGCGAGAUGGUAGACUUUAUGCAUCUGAGAACCACCAGGAGAUACUCAAGGACAAGAAGUUAAUAAAAGCCCUGUUUGACGUACUCGCCCACCCCCAGAAUUACUUUAAGUACACGAGUGCAGAGUCCAAAGAGAUGUUCCCUCGCUCCUUCAUCAAGCUGCUGCGGUCCAAAGUGACCAGGUUCCUGCGACCAUACAGCUAGACUGAAAAUCUUCUUGCACUUUCUUGUUAGACCCUUGUGAUCCUGCGUCACUCCAGACCCUCCGACCUACAUGUAACACUGAAUCCCUGAUCAUCUUCUGCCCGCAUUCAGGAUUUCGCCCAAUUUGUGGCGAAAAAUCCAGAUUUUCUGUACCUGUCCUCAAUCUCUGUUGUCACAUGAUGCCUUUCAACGUCUUGAAUACAGAACUGUAAACCCCACCCUUUAUAGUAACUGUACACUUAAACAUCCAAAGUUUGACAAGUAUAGGUUUUUGGAGGCCAGUAAUUAUUGUGUUGUAGAAAUUUGCAUUAGUAUUUAAUUUUGUAAUAUAUUUGUUCCUUAUAUUUCAGCAAAGAGAGUUAUAACCCUGAAUACACCAAUGUAAAAACAUCUAUAGUUUUAAUGAAUGCCCUACAGAUGGAAAGCACAGUGUUAAUGAUGCUAAAUGUUGUGAUAGUGAACUCAAUAGCUGAUCUUAGUAAGAUCAUUUUACUAUGUCUAAAAGUAUCUUUAUUCCUCAAAUGCUGAUAAACAUAAACUGUUGAUUAAUUUAUGCGCUUAUUUUGAGCUGAUAGUGUGAUCAAGCUAGCUUGCUAGCUAGAUUGCUGGCUAGUUAGUUUAGCUAGCUCGCUAGCUAACUAGCUAAAAAUGAUUGUCCAAUAGAAACAACACUUACAGCAAUUUACUCGAUAUACUAGCCUACAUAAGCUGGAGACAAAAGGAAAUUGGUGGUCAAGAAUUUUGUAAAGAAGGUGUUGAUUUACACUAGUAUAACUAUUAUAUUAUACUUCAUCAUUUCAAACUGCCAUGUCUCAACCACAUUGGUGAGAAAGCGUUAUUUUAGGGGAAAAAAGAUUUGACUAAAGGCAGUUCUUUGCAAAAGUAUUCACACCCCCUGCCCUUCAUUUUAGUUUGUCAGGAUUUUAUGUAAAAAUCUAAGAGAAGCACAUAAUUCUGAAGUGCAAGCAAAAGAAUCAAUGGUCCAAAAUGUGUAAAAUAUAACCUGUAGCAUUGUCUGGAUCAUAAAUAUGUUUUUAUGACCACCUUUAGGUUUCUGCAAAUAAUGAUAGUUUCAUCCAUUGCAGUCAUGCUAGCUGUUUCUUCCAUGUCCAGUGUUUAUGCUAUGGAAGGUGCUCAUGGCUAAAGAUGUCACAUUGAAAGGAUGUGCAGUUGUGAAGUCACUGAGAAGGGAUAGCUUGGAUUUUUGAAAUGACAUUCUGUGAGAAAAGUAACGGUUUUCCUGGAGUAGACGGAUGUCAGAUUGCAAUGAGUUGGUGGAAAACGAAAGAAAAACAUUUACAAAUGCUAAAUGCUUGCAAGCAAGAGUAUGUGUGUCCCUUUAAUUCUGCAAAAUCAGAUCUGUUUGAUCAGCGUCAGGGAGAUGCUGAUCAUCUCCCUGACGCUGAAGCAGUUUACACACAUUUAGUUGAGCCAUUAUGCAUGCAUUUAAGGCAAAACCUGCUCAUAUUUACGUAUAUUUCUCUAAUUUGCAACCAGAGCAAACUGUUUGGUACCCUUGAAUACUGAAAUAUCUGCUCUUUUUAUUUUUAUUAAGGUAAAAACUGGCAAGUUGUAUUUACACACAAGCCUUUCUUUCUUAUUCUCACAUUUAUAGUUACAAUACAUUUGUAGUAUAUUUGCAUGGAUUACAUAUAAAAUAUUACCAUCAUAAAAUGAAUCAAUUAAAGGAAUGCAUAAUUCUUUUUUUUUUUUUUUACUAUAACAUCUUGAUGUGAAAAACACCACUGUGACAUUGUUCCUCCAGUCAAAUGUUGCUAAAGCUAUGUCUUGUCAGGUCACAACCUGGAGUUCUCCUUUAAUUGAAAUGAUAAAAUAGUCAACUUUUCCCUUUGAUCCAUUCUGCAUCCAUUGUACUUGAGGCUUGAGAGAUAACUGCCUGCUAAGAUAAAAAGGGAUCAUUUCUUCAAUCACUUUCAUGUAUUUAGUGCAAACUGCUUUGUGAGUCCAGUUAGUCUGUACAAAUCGCAGCAAGUAAUGGAGACUGUGUUUCUUUGUGAAUUCUCUCUUUUCUAGAAGGCUUCCAGCUCUGGAACAUCUGUGAGGCAACAACUCAAAUUGAAACUAUUCAUUUAAACAUUACAGAAGUCAAUACUAAAAGUUUACAUUUCCAAAAAGGCCAUUGUUUGAUUUGUUGCUGUUUAGUAAGCCGGACUACUUCUAUCCAAGUACUCUAAAGUUUAAGUAAGUUGUUUCAGACUGAUGCUGCAUUAGUUUGCUUCAUUAGCUGCUAUUUAUCCGUCUGUUCUACAUCCAUUUACUCCUGGGAGAGGGGCCCAAGUCUAACUAGCUGAGCUAAAUGGUAAUCAUAGAUAAGUGGUUAUUACCUACUGAGUCGUACUUGUGCAUAGCAUCAAAUUGUGUCUGUGUUAUUUGGAUAUUACAAAGUGAAUUUGCAGAUCCCUUUAAAUCUUACGGUUAAUUCUAAUAAUUUAAAAUCCUUUAUAUUUGAAUUUCUCAAUGGAUUUUCUCCAAAACACAUUUAAACAUUUUAGAUCUCACAUCGGUGCUGAAUCAGUACAGUCCUGUGCUCUUCCAGGUGUUGUAGUUUUGGGGUAAUUAUUAGUCUUGCUAACAUAUGAUCAGCUGAUUUGGUGGAUUGAUGCAGUUUGAUCCUAUGUAACUUCAGUUCCAUAGAUUGUUAGACAUAACAAAGAAAGUGUGAAAGGGUUAAUCUCCACUAAUAUGGCGUUGCACUCAAUGAGACAUGAAUAUUUUUAAAGAGCUUAAACAUGCGCUCCAUCUGGCUAGCUAUUACUCUUACUUAGUUCCUUUUUUUUUUCAAACUCACUGCAAUAUGACAUAUUCUUAUUACUGUACCUACCAUGGGUAAGAAUAAUAAUAUUUGCAAUACCUUCAAAAAGAUCCAAGCUAUCCCUUUAAGCAUUGUCACAGCCUCUUUGAAAUAUGUAAUUAAGCUUUCAUUAUACAGUCUGUUUUAUUAUAGAGUGGUUCUAAUAGAAUAAUAUUAAUACUGGAUUAAUAGUAAUAACAACAGGCUUCUAUUAGCUAACCAAUAUCAGCUGCUGCUGUGUCCAUUAAUCUUUAUUUUCUUACAUUUUCCCCCAACUCCUCAACGUUCGUUUAGUAUUAGCAAUGCUUUGCUCUGUCUUCUGUUAUGUUGUCAUGUUGUUACCGAACAUUGGGAUAUGUCUGAACAAUGCACAGGCAUAUCCAGUCAUAGAGUCAUGAUGUGUCAUUAUGAACUGACCCACAAAGAGAGUGCACAGGUGUAUUCAUACAGCAUUCAUUACUUUGCUGGGCUGAUGAGCAGAUCUAUGCGCUUAAAGUACUUAAAUGUGACAAAUUAAUUACACCCCAACAAUUCCGCCUUAGCCUGUGCUUCAUCCAUCUUAGCACAUGAACAGAUAACACAGAUUUGUUUUUUCUUUUUAUGAAAAAUAAAUAUAUAACAAGAGAUAAACUACCUAGAAGCGACAAAGUGUUACUUUAGAGAGAAAUGUAUGUGACUUAACUAAUAUUUGGAACAUUAAUUGCACUUGAAUUUUCUACUUUGACAUGUUGGGGAGAAAAAAACAAUAAUAUUUUUUGUGUUAGCUUUUUUGUGUUGUUUUCAAGUGUACCACAUAUGGUGGUUAUAAGUAUGAUAGCUGUGUUUCCUGUUAUGCUAGCUCCCUUGUCUUUAACACCUGAAUGCUUGCUAGCUAACACAGCUUCCACUCAGCCACAGACUAUACAUUUGUAGGAAAAACUAAAUACUUGUUGAAACACCAUUAGUUGCAAUCGUGAUUAGAUGUUGUCUUCGGUAUUGUUUAAUCAAUCUGUCGUACCAUUGUAGGGGAAUUGUGUCAUUACAAACAUGGUCAAUUUUCAUAAGCGAUUGAGGAAAAAAAAUGCUCAUCCACACAGUCGGAUCCAGCACAACAGAAGACGCUGUAGUACCUCUGCCGGGCCAGUGGGUGGUGAUGUAACAGUGUCACAGAACGAUGCAAAGAACACCAAACAACACCGAACGGCACCAUGUUUAUUGGUGAAAGAAAGGUGCAUUCGGGAUACAUAGAGAGAUAGAGCUACGUCGUCAUCGUAUCAAAUGAGACACAGCUCAUAUGUACACACUGAAACAUGAAACCAGCAUUUUUUUAUUUUUCCACUCUGGGUAUUUAUCUGGUCUCCCAAAAAAACAGAUCAUGUGGUCACACAGCUAAACUCAUCUCGUCUGUCUAAUUAGCUUAGUCUAUCUUAGCUUAGUCUAGCCUAACUAUCAGACAGAUGACUUUGAAUUGGACUCUACGAUAGUUUGGGGUACAAAACAUGGAAAGAUCCUGUGGUCCAGCUGUGUCUCCAUGAACGGUAGCAUUUCAUUUGCUAACUGAGACCCUUGAGUCCCUAGGAAGACUGAAAACGCUCCUAAAUGUUUUCCACUUGUGAGUAAUCCUUCUCGUGGCUGAAUGACGGUCCUUGCCUGCCCUUACAGUCCUCCUUUGAUUUACAAGUGGUGGCGGUGGCUUCCCUAAAGUUAUUCUGAUGCCUUUCCAUCACGGCUCCAUGUAAACACAGACCGUACGCUCCAGGCUAUCUAUCUGCCAAAGCUCCUCUGUUAGUAGAAGUUGACGUACUUACUAUUGGUCAGUUAAGUGUUUUUGAUUGGCAAUGGCUGAAAGUUGCUUCCCUUUGAAAUACAGAAACAUCAAAUGUGUACUUAGGUUUUUCCCAUGACUGUAUGGAUACUAUGGAAAAUGUCUCUUUCCCAUUUAGUAAGCUAAAUAUACUGAAACACGGUCCUAUCACUAGAUAUGUCACUCUUUUGCCAUCAUUACAGUUUGUGUUGGUAGCAAUGACCAGUUUUGUUCUAUCUGUGGCUCAUUUUAACAGAUGUCUCCAAACAUCUGAUAAAAUACCAAGCAGGGAUAUUCAAAAGAAACAAAUAACUCAAAAAUUCAAGUUUACACUUUAUAAUCCAAACAAAUCUGUUGAAAGAAAAAUAUGUUUUAAAAGAAAAUGGCGAUAGAAAUCUGUACACCGGUUGUGUCCAAACCUGUUGACAUUGUGGCCAAAUAUGUCAAGUUGAAAGUAAUCAGGGGCCACAAAAAUGUUCAACGUUAUUUUUAUUUUUUAUUAAAAGUAUAAAAAGGUUUUGCUUCAUUUUACCUGAGCUCAACAAUAAGCUAAACAUGCAAUAUUUGAAUGAAUCAAGCAAAGCUGUCUGACUUAGCCAGAAAAGGAAUCUGUAAAUUAUUGUAUAGCUGCAAAAACGGUUUCACAGAAUUUGCCUGGUCAAAAAACAAUAACAGUAUACAAUAUCCCAAAAUGUUCAGGUUGAUUAUCUUCGUCUAAUUUUGAUAGUGUGUACGUAUGCGUGUGUGUGCGUGUGUGUAUUUUCAAAACACCUGGUUGAUGAAAAAGUAAUUCUUUGAGUUGAAUCUUGCUUUUUUCUAAAGACUUUAAUAUAUCUGUAUAUUUUUUGAAAGGCCUCGUGUUGGUGUAAAUUGGUGCCUAACAUUUUCCCAAACAUGUAUCUGCAUCAACCACCUGGGCUGGUAAACUAAACUCACAGCAUUCUUGAAUUCUGGUCCAGGGCGUCACUAAAUCAUCCUGAGGGUCACAAACGAGGAGACGUUGCUGUUUCACAGCCUGAAUGACUCGCUGUAAUGAAUCAAUGAAAUCUGGUCUAUUGACCGAAAUAGUUUUGGAAACAAGAAAAAAAAUUAGCAGAAAAUUGCAAGGUGAUGAUUACCUUUUAACUCCAAAGUAAAUAAUACUGUGCGAAUGUAAUUUAACAUUUUUAUCAUUUUCUACAAACUGACUGGAAAAUUGGCAAAAAUCAGGGAACUUUACUUCAGGUUCCUCACAUUUCUUCAUCAUUUAUAUCGGCUGAGGAAUUGGAUGAUGAGGUGCUUUAGCAAAGCGUUAGCUCCAAAAUGUUCACACCUAUGCAAGUAGGCCAGAGGAGUUUUUAUUUGUCAUAUUUUACCAUCAUUUUAUCAUAUUUUGGUCCCAACAGAUUUGCUUGUUUUUCCAGUUAAAGUUCAGAGGUUUAUUUCCUCACUAAAUUCAGCCAUACUGACACUGUCCCGUCUGUAAACAUGGCAAACUGAGUGGAAAUGCCUCGAGGUUCUUACCUCUCCCACAUGGCAAUAUUAAGAGUCACGCAGUAAUCGCCAAAGAUCAAAUUCUUCAGAACCCUCAGCGCUAACCUCAUGAAAUCAAACUAGUGCUUUGACAGAUUCAGCAGCCUUCCCAGUCCCAGUCCCAGUCCUUUACAUGGACCUUUGGGUCGGAGCUUCCGGAGACAAUUGUGGCUUGUACUUAAUAGGACUGGAAGACAAACGUAUCAGGGGUGUAACAAUACUAGCAUCACUGCUGGGCACAUACCAUGGUUUCUGGGCUGCGGUUUGGUGUACGCUUGGUAAAAACAGGAAAAAGAAAGAAGCCAAAUGUUAGGUUUGUUUUAAUUUAUUUUAAAGGGGGAAUAAAAUCCCCCACAAAAACAAACAGCAAAACAAGAUGUUUUUUUUUAUGUCGAGGUCUGUGAGUCAUGUGCACAGAAUACAGAUGUUGGCUUGUUUUAAAUCACAAUGUACAAUAACAAAAUAAACUGAAAAACAUACUGUUGCUUAUUGAUUACAUUUAUUCAAUGUCAUCGUUCACAACUUCUUCUGUUCUCUGAUUGGCCCGGUUGAAAUUCUGCCACAGAAAUCCCUCUCUAUGGGACAAAUCCCAGGCGGAGUCCUGGCAGGAGAUGAGAACUGUGCAGGAAGAUUAUGGCCAGAACAGAUCCAUAGAAGUAAAAUAAACCCAGUUAUUGUUUUGAAGAGAGUGCGCUAAAUGUUGCUUGUGUCUGAUUGAGGCUCUUAGUCAUUUUAAAUUGUUAAUGCAGCUUCAAAUCUGCAGUUGGAAAAUGAAAAACUUACUUCAGACUGCUUACCGACUACAUGAAACACAAUUUGUGAUAUUAUCUUUAAUAUUUUUGUCUUUUUUUUAAAGACAAGAAAUAAGAUGUCUUUAGUGUUUUUGUGAAGCAGAGUAGGAAAGGCGCUGGAGUUAACAUGUGACUCACAGCUUCAGUGAAGAGAAAUUAUGAAUUUUGAAGGAAUUUGAAUUACAUUUAACUGUCCAUGCUUUAAAAUCUGAAGUUAUUGUAUUAAUCAAAGCUCAACAGGACAGUUCUAAUCCCAGCACAGAUCUAAUAAAACACUAUCAACGUUUUGCUCUGUUUGUGAAAUGACAAAAAGCAGGAUUCUACUUUUUCUUUUGGCAUUGGGAGGGACGCCAAACGUAGACUUGACUCGUUGACUGUGCGUCACGUCUUGUGAGCUGAAUGUAUUGUUACACCCCGAGUUCCAACCCUACAAGGAACGUAUGCAGUGAAUAUUUUGGGGGGAAUGAAGACAAACACCCCAGUGUGUGUAUGCUCUGUUGCUUUCGUUACUCUGGUUACUUUCUCAAAGCCCUGGCCUCCACCCGCUCGUUUCAGUCCAGGUUUCACAACCAAAUACCUUGAUUGACUGUUUGGCACAUACCACCCGACCAGAAUUCCUGCAUUUGUCCACAAAAAAACCCAUUUUAAUUAAUGAUGAUCUGAAUUCGAGUUCAGAACCCACACACACACGCACAAAGAGGAAUGAUGGACUUUUAAGACUCUGCCAGUUGUUACAGAGCGUACCAAAGCAAAGCUGAUGACUGGAAGGUAGGAAAUUAAUCUGAAAGCUUGGGCUUUGCAAAACACUUUGUGGUCAUGGGAAACUGUUAAAGUUAAUCGUCUGAAACAUUCAGAACCACAACUAUGGUUCCACACGGGAACUGAGUGUGGACUUUCUGGUCUUAGUUUUGGCUUGAAAUCCAAAAUAUGGAAUUUUAGCAAAAAAAUACAAAUAUAUCUAUAUACCAAAUCCAAAGUCAUUUUUCUAUCACUGGCUGAUAAUUUCUCCGUUAGGUAAUGUAACUUAGAAAUGUAAUGUAAGUGCUUGGUAUAAGUUCCUGCUCCAGGUCUUGCUAACAAAGCAGCUGCAAACUGAUAAUCAUCUUUCUGUUGUAAGGAUGAGCACCGUUUCAUGGAAAGUGGUGGAAAAAAAUGGGAUCAAGAAAUGUCCAAAAUAACUCAAUAAAUUGGAGAAUGUAUCCCACCCUGGAUGGGCGUGUGCAUGUUGCAUGGAUGAGAGUCGUGAGGUUAUGUGCGGUGUGUGUGUUGACCGGGUGGUGUUUCUGUGAAAAGAGAAAAACAGUCCAUGUCUACUUUAGUCCCUUUUUGUAUAAGAAUAAUUUGAACUUUGUGUUAGUUGGUUGUACCCAAAGAGAGAAACUGUAACACAGUGUUGUGGCCGUUGUUUGCUCCGUGAAACUCCAGUACUGAACAAGUCCAAUAAACAGUAGCAGAAUAAACA